AGCCGGGACCCCCCCGCCCCCGGCUGCGGCAGCGCCGGGACCGCCGGGACCCUGCUCGGCCGCUGCCCGUCCCGGGGCUCCGGUACCCCGCAUCCCCCGGGCGGUAGGAGUCCCGGCUUCGUGCGGAGCGGAGGGAUGCGGUGCGGGCCCAGGGCGGCGGGUGCCCCGCGGGAGCCCGGGGCCGGGCGGAGACCGGUGGCAUCCCCGCCCCGCCGCUCCCGCUCGUCCCUAGCGACGGUUGCCAGGCAACGCAGCAUCAGAUCCCGCGGCCCCUCUCUGCCCGGGCGCUGGGCGAGGUCCCCGCUCCACACGUCGGGGCGCUGGAGCAGCAAUGUUCUGGGCCCUGGCUGCCGUUUCGUGGGCGCUCAGUGCAUGGCGAGGGAUGCUGAGGGCCUGCUGAGGGAUGCUGAGGGAUGUUGACGGAUGCUGAACUGGCAGGGAGAGGCUGGCAAAGCGAAGGCAGCCCCAUGGCCGGGAGCACUGACAUGGCAUCCCUGGAAGAGAGCUUCCGCAAGUUUGCCAUCUAUGGCGACACCAAGGCUACAGGGCAAGAAAUGAAUGGGAAGAACUGGGCCAAGCUGUGCAAAGACUGCAAAGUCACCGACGGCAAAAGCGUCACCAGCACUGACGUGGACAUUGUCUUCUCCAAGGUGAAAGGGAAGACAGCCCGUGUCAUCAGCUAUGAGGAGUUCAAGAAGGCAUUGGAGGAGCUGGCCCCGAAGAGGUUUAAGGACAAGAGCAAAGAGGAGGCGUACGAAGCCAUCUGCCAGCUGGUGGCAGGGAAGGAGCCCAUCAACGUGGGUGUCACGAAAGCCAAGAUGGUGGGGGCCGUGGAGAGGCUGACAGACACCUCCAAGUACACAGGGUCCCACAAGGAGCGCUUCGACGAGAGUGGCAAGGGCAAGGGCAAGAGCGGGCGGGAGAACAUCAUGAACACCAGCGGCUACGUCAGUGCCUACAAGAACGCGGGCACCUAUGAUGCCAAAGUGAAAAAGUAGGGAGGGGUGCCCAUGGCACCCACCGCUGCGGCCCCUGCGCGUUGGCCGUGGGGCUCGCGUCAGCCUUGGGGCAUCCCCGCGUGAGGUGGGGCCCAGGAGGAUGCGCUGGGGCCAGCCCCAGGCUGGCGGGAUGUUGGCCACCCAGCGCUGAUGGGACUGGGAAUGCCGCCGGGCCACGUGCUCUGCCCCAGUGCUAUGUCUGUCCCCCAACCAUGCUGUGACACUCCCCAGCCCUUCGUGUGUCCCCCGCCGUGCUGUCACCUCCAGCCCCUGCCACACUAACAGCACUGCUCCUCAGGGGUCCCCUGCCCCGCUGGCACCUUCCCUACCUCAGCCCCAGCUUUUGGGACACUGUCCCUGCUAGUCCCACUAGGGACCACAGCCUGUCUUCCCCACAGACCCCCUGAGGACCUGCCUUAGUCCCACAACACAGCCACCUCCUUCCUUCCCCACCAGCGACCUCACCACGGGGCUGCCCCAGCUUUGCCUCUUGCCCAGCACUAUUAGUGCCGGUGCUGCAGGGAUGCUCCCAGCCCAGCCUCGGGAUGCAUCCCAGGAGAGCUUGGUGUUGCCUGGCCGUCGGCAAAGGUCUCCGACAUGAACUCCCCACCAUGGCGUCCUGCUGCCUUCGUGAAGCCCAGACCAAAGGAUGCUCCAGCCCCACGCUAUAACCCCGCUCGGCAAUAAAGCCCCGUCCGCACUGAU